GUUGGUGUAAAUCGACCGGUAGAAGACCGUUGGACCGCCUAUCAGUUCGGUCACACAGGCCAGAAUACCCUUUACUGUAGCAAACUCACUUGUCCGCCCGAAGGAUCGCAUUAUGGCGGAACCGUUUUCACCGUAGUCGAUGGACAUGGCGGACAUGCAUGUGCGCAUGCAAUCAAUCUGCUUCACUCGGACUAUGUUGUGGCUGGCAUGCUACCACCGGAGCUGUGUGAACAGGUAUUGUCCGAUUUGCGCGCGAUUGAAGGAACCUCCGCUCCGUUCACCUCGUACGAGCUGUUCGAGCGAUUAUGGUCCAAACCGGAAGCAAUUCCGACCGGAGAAUCGGAGUAUAUUGGACCACCAAGAACCGAUUCGCCUGAUACAUCCGCAGAUGCAGAUCCUUCCGCGGGUCCGCCACGUCGUCGUUGGGCUCCAUGGGGUAUCUGGGGUCCAUUGGCUGCUUCGGUUCGUGAAGUUCAUAUGAAUCAUUUGCGUAAACUCAUCGAAGAAUCCCUGUCCUGCUCUUUUGAGGGUGGAGAAGCCUUUUUCGCGGACAACGAAAGUGGUGAUAUAUGUGACCCAGAGGGUUUCAUAGUCGCACCGCUCCGCUCCAUCCAGGAGGCCGUGUCAGCUGACCUAUCCAAUGGGCAGCACGCUCAUUCGACAAAUAAUCAGCUUCAUGGAUCACCUGGUUCCUCGUCAAGUGAGCCCGUGUCUCAGGCAGUUCACAUCCCCGAUCCGUUCCUAGUCGGUCCCGAUAAUCCGGCAUUCCUACGAUUACACGAUCGCGUUGCCGGUGUAACUCGAUCGCUACGCAACAAUUUGCAAAGACUGGACUUGGAUCUGUCCACUUCCGCUCAGCCUAGUCACCGUGGCCCAUCUCUUGACAAAGCGUUGUUGCGUAUCGUGUUCAGUGGAUGUGUAUCCACAUCAGCUUAUAUCCCUUGUAAUGGCAAAGAACUGUAUGUAACACAAGUAAGAGUCUCUCGAGGUUUUUUGCAUUCACACUGCUAUUCUGCAUGUACUGUUAGAUGA